AUGAGUGUAAUAAUUAAAGAGAAAAUCACAAAGCAACUUGAGGCCAAAGUCAUUCGAGUCGCUCAAUAUCAUUCUUGGUUAGCCAACAUCGUACCUGUCCCUAAGAAAGACGACAAAGUUCGAAUGUGUGUUGAUUAUCGUGAUUUGAACAAAGCAAGUCCAAAAGAUGACUUUCCUUUGUCCAACAUCCAUAUUUUGUUGGACAAUUGUGUUAAACAUGAGAUUGCAUUUUUUGUGGAUUGCUAUGCGGGUUAUCAUCAGAUUAUUAUGGAUGAUGAAGACGCAGAAAAAACGUUUUUUAUCACACCAUGGGGAAAGCUUUUGGGGUUUAUAGUCAGUCGACGAGGUAUCGAGUUAGAUCCUUCAAAAAUAAAAGUCAUUCAGGAACUGCCACCUCCAAAGAAUAAAACUGAGGUUAUGAGCCUUCUAGGAAGGUUAAACUACAUCAGUAGAUUCAUUGCUCAACUCACAACAACUUGCAAGCCCAUUUUUAAGUUAUUAAAAAAGAAUGCCACAGUCGAAUGGACCGAAGAAUGUCGAGAGGCUUUUGAAAGGAUUAAGAAUUACUUAUCGAAUCCCCCUGUGUUGGUUCCUCCCGAGCCGGGCAGAUCAUUGAUAUUAUAUAUGUCAGUACUGGAUAAUUCUUUUGGAUGUGUAUUGGGCCAGCAUGAUGGCACUGGGAAGAAAGAGCAGGCCAUUUAUUACCUCAGCAAGAAAUUUACUGUUUAUGAAUCGAAAUACACCCUUCUUGAAAGAACGUGUUGUGCCCUAACUUGGGUAGCACAGAAGUUGAAGCACUAUCUUUCAUCUUAUACUACUUAUCUCAUUUCUCGUAUGGAUCCGUUAAAAUACAUUUUUCAAAAGCCCAUGCCCACGGACAGGCUUGCGAAAUGGCAAAUAUUACUCACAGAGUUUGACAUUAUCUAUGUAACACGGACCGCAAUGAAGGCUCAAGCCUUGGCAGAUCACUUGGCAGAGAACCCUAUUGAUGAUGAAUAUGAACCACUUAAGACCUACUUUCCAGACGAAGAGGUAUCAUGUAUCGAUGAAGUUAUUCAUAAUAAGGAUCAAGGAUGGAAGUUGUUCUUUGACGGUGCUGCUAACAAGAAGGGAGUUGGGAUAGGAGCAGUUCUUAUGUCUGAAUCAGGGGAAUAUUUCCCUAUAACAGCCCAACUUAGAUUCUAUUGUACCAAUAAUAUGUCAGAGUAUGAGGCUUGCAUCUUGGGUUUGAGGUUAGCUGCUGACAUGGGCAUCCAAGAGUUGCUAGUGCUAGGAGACUCAGAUUUACUAGUCCAUCAAAUUCAAGGAGAAUGGGAGACUCGUGACCCAAAGCUCAUACCAUAUCAACAUUGUUUACAAGAUUUUUGUCGACGGUUUGUAUCAAUAAAGUUUAGACACAUUCCUAGAGUUCAUAAUGAGAUUGCUGAUGCAUUGACAACUUUAUCUUCAAUGCUCCAACAUCCUGACGAAGCUCAUAUCGACCCUUUGUACAUACAGAUUCGUGAUCAGCAUGCUUAUUGCAACAUGGUGGAUGAAGAAUUUGACGGUAAACCUUGGUUCCAUGAUAUUAAAUCAUAUCUUCAGUCCGGAAAAUGUCCUACUAAUGCCACUAGUAAUCAAAAAAGGACUAUUCGGCGACUAGCUAGCGGUUUUUUCUUAAGCGGAGGCAUAUUAUACAAGAAAACACCUGAUUUGGGUCUUCUAAGAUGUGUAAAUGCUAAAGAGGCUUCAACAAUCAUGAUUGAAGUACACUCAGGAGUUUGUGGACCUCACAUGAAUGGAUAUGUUCUGGCAAAGAAGAUACUUCGAGCAGCAUGGGGAAUGAAUGUGAUUGGACCAAUAGAACCAAAAGCGUCGAAUGGUCAUAGGUUCAUCCUGGUGGCCAUUGAUUACUUCACUAAGUGGGUGGAAGCAGUAACUUUCAAGUCAGUGACCAAGAAGGUCGUGGUGGAUUUCAUUCAUUUCAACAUCAUUUGUCGAUUUGGUAUUCCAAAGGCAAUUGUUACCGAUAAUGCUGCAAAUCUCAACAGUCACUUAAUGCAAGAGGUAUGCCGUCAAUUUAAAAUUGAACAUCGAAAUUCGACUCCUUAUCGCCCAAAAGCAAAUGGGGCUGUAGAAGCCGCUAACAAAAAUAUAAAAAAGAUACUUCGUAAAAUGGUGCAAAGUUCUCGACAAUGGCAUGAAAAGUUGCCUUUUGCUUUGUUGGGUUAUCGCACUACAGUUCGUACGUCAGUGGGUGCCACCCCCUAUUCGUUGGUAUAUGGGACUGAGAUAGUUAUACCUGCAGAGGUUGAGAUUCCAUCCCUGCGAAUUGUUGUAGAGGCUGAAAUUGAUGAUGAUGAGUGGAUCAGAACACGCUUGGAGCAAUUAAGUUUGAUUGAUGAGAAGCGAUUGACAUCAGUAUGCCAUGGACAAUUGUACCAGAAAAGAAUGGCACGAGCAUACAACAAAAAGGUGCGUCCCAGACGUUUUGAAGAGGGUCAAUUAGUGCUGAGACGUAUUCUGCCACAGCAGGCUGAAGUCAAAGGCAAAUUUUCUCCGAAUUGGAAAGGACCAUUCAUUGUAAAGAAGGUAUUAUCCAAUGGUGCUCUUUACUUAGCAGAUAUAGAAGGCAAUAUGACAGAAAUGGUCAUCAAUGUUGAUGCUGUGAAGAGAUAUUAUAUAUGA